CAUGUCAGAAGAAACUUCUGCAGUAGUCGCGUGGAAGUGUKCCUGCCUGCGAUUCAAUUGAUGGUAGACAUGCAUAGGAGAUUGCCUCUGCUGGUGCUCGCUGUGGUCGUCUUCCUGUUUGUCGUCUUCCUCCACGUGUGUUUGUCAUGCCGGCCGUGGAAGCAACAUCKCAAGCGGAGGGCGUCAUCGAAACGGCAGGCAGGGGAACGUCCGAUGGCGGGCAUGCAGGCACGCGCGGAUGUGGCUGCAGGUCACAGCGGAAGACGACCUGCGACGGUAGGACAGGCAAGGCGGUACGACCCGUCCAUGUACGCCCAUCUAGAGUCGUGGGAGACGCCACUGCCCCCGUCGGACGAGGAGCCGGAGAGGGAGGAACUCCCAACGUUGCCUCUCGCCAGCGGGUCGACGCAGGUGUUGUUGCAGAUGGUGCGAGCAGGCGGGGCGACUAAAAACGAAGGCGGCGAGUACACCUCACUCCUGCGCCAAGGCAGCAAGGCUUGGGAGAUGACGACGACGGAGGACUUGAUCUCAGGUUCGGGUUGUGUUCUCGCGGCACCAGGGAGGCCAUCGCCAGCAGGCCGRCAGCAUGGAUCGACUGCACCGUUYGCCAAUCAAUUGACAAGUAGCUGGCCCGCACGCACUGGAGUCGCAGCUGGGUCCCUGCGCAUCGGCGGUGCACGUCCUUCGAUGCCGAACCGCACAACGCYGACCGAACCCGACUUGAGGGACGAGGGCGCCCGCAUACCACUGGUGCGUCCACGACCCACUGUGGAGAACAUCACACGAGGAGUGUCCAACAUGCGGGCACACAGCGAUGGCGGCGACGACGAUGGCGGUGUCGGUGACGAUGCAGACGAAGGAUUCAAGGAGGACGUGGAAGCAGGGGACGACGACGACGACAUUCCUAUUCGGCCCUUGGGGAAGACGGGUGGGAGGGGGAAAGGACGCGGCAGAGGUGCUGUUCGUGGUCGAUCCGUCGGCCGUGGCGGCAGAGGUGACGUCAGCGACAACGGCGGGAAGUCUGCAACGUACUGGUCUCCAAAAGAACAAAUGGCCCUCGUGAGAUGCAAGCGGGAGCAGUAGAUGCACCUCGCCGGGCAGGGUCACAAUUACGGGCGGAUGCGCACGAAGGAGUGGAAGUGGGACGGCAUUGCGAAACG